CGUAGAUGACGUCCCCCGCAGUGCAUCUCAACCCUUCAUACUCAACUACUCGUCCUAUCCGACAUUCAAUCCAGUAUAUAGUGGAGUCACGGCUAUCUUCUUCUCCUGUCGGUCCAGUCUCGGUUCCUGGACUGGUUGAGGUCAUCACAUACGGAUCCGUAUAUAAUCCUCCUCUUCCUCUCCUCGUUCGAUGCAACAUCUCCCCGCACUGGCCUCUCUCUCUCUCUCUUCUUCCUUUCUCUACAUUCUAAACGAUUGGUUUCUCUCUCGCAUGUGUCGGAUUGAAUAUUAACUUCCCCUCUUUUUCCCUCUGCUUCCUGCUUUUUCUCGUCCCCCUGGUCUCCUUCCUCCUCCUCUCCCUCCUUCCUCCCGUCUUCCUCCUUCUGAUCCUCAUUAGGAUUGUGACUCUCUUCGACAUGGCCUCCUCAACUCCCAUCACAAAAGAAUCUCCUCCGCCGGUGGAUUUCCUCCAUCACCCAUGGACCCGUGCCGCUCUCCCCUUUGCGAACGGGGGCCUGGCUGGCAUGACGGCUACCGCCGUCAUCCAGCCCGUCGACAUGAUCAAGGUCCGACUGCAGCUGGCCGGUGAGGGCGCCCGGACGGGCCCCAAACCGAGCGCAUUCGGCGUCACUCGCGAUAUCGUCGCCUCCGGGAAGGUCCGCGAUCUCUACACCGGCCUGUCCGCGGGCCUCCUGCGCCAGGCCGUCUACACCACCGCGCGUCUGGGUUUCUUCGACACCUUCAGCAAAGCCCUGACCAAGCGUGCCGAGGACGCCAACCGCAAAGUGACCUUCGGCGAGCGCGCCGGCGCCGGUCUGCUGGCGGGCGGUGUCGCAGCCAUGAUCGGUAACCCCGCCGACCUGGCCCUCAUCCGCAUGCAAUCCGACGGCCUCAAGUCCCCCGAAAAGCGCGCCCACUACCGCUCCGUCAUCGACGCCUUAUUCCGCAUCUCCAAGGGCGAGGGCGUCGGCGCCCUCUGGGCCGGCGCCUUCCCCACCGUCGUGCGCGCCAUGGCCCUCAACCUCGGCCAGCUGGCCUUCUUCGCCGAGUCCAAGAGCCAGCUGAAGCAGCACACCAGCCUGUCCCAGCAGAACCAGACCUUUGCCGCCUCCGGCAUCGCCGGCUUCUUCGCCAGUUUCCUGUCGCUGCCCUUCGAUUUCAUCAAGACCCGUCUGCAGAAGCAGCAGAAGGACCCCAAGACGGGCCAGCUGCCUUACAAGGGUUUGCUGGACUGCGCCCGUAAGGUCGCCAAGGAGGAGGGUUGGUUGCGGUUUUACCGCGGGUUCGGCACGUACUACGUGCGGAUCGCACCUCAUGCGAUGGUCACGCUUAUCGUCGCCGACUACCUCAACAUUCUGACUAAAUAGACGUCGCCUUGUCUCUCGAUCGCUCCGAUGGUUCCAUCUUCUAUUUAUUAUGUUCGCUACCGCUACGAUGAUUGUUCGAUUGAUUGAUGGGAAACGUGGCGCCCGAGGGUACCAGGUGAAAAUGAUCGGUUUUGAUUCUUUCGGCAGAUAUACUGUUUCGUUUGCUUGUCGCUGUGUGAGGGAGAAUGUCACCGUUUGCCGGUCGGUCCGGAAAAGCACGUGAAGGGUUGACUGGCUCGUCCUGACUGAGCGCUGGUGGAAUGUCAGUGCCAGGACUGGCUUGUUUGAUUGAUUGAUUGAUUGUCCUCUUUAUACUAUACCCGUUGUUGCGCGACCAGUCUUGCUGGACUAAUGAAAUAUUUACAUUU